AGCUGAAACCCGCGUGCGCCGACCAAUCCAAACCCGUCGAAUGAAUCUUUGCAAAGCGCGCUCUCCACCAGCCUAUCCGACCUAGAGCAACUAGGGCAUCCCCACUCCAGAAUCAUCAUGCCCACCUCCAGCCCCUAAAAGCUUGAAUCACCCCAGCGCCGUCUUCGGGUCCCAAAUAACCCUACACGCAACCUGUCCCGGAUCAAAAAAGCCGCCAUGACAGCCAAAAAACGAGCGGAGGUGGAGUCCCUCCCUAAAGUCCUCCUCCCACUCUACCACCGCAUUUACUGCUUUCUGUGGCUCUGGGGUCUCAAGCUCAUCGCCACAGUCCACACCAUCUACAAGGACCUCAUCCACCCGCCCCCGCCCAGCACACAGCCAACCCUAACCCUACAACUCCCAUCGCGCCCGACCCUGCAAACCCGCAUCUUCUACCCGCCAACCUACAAGCCGGGCCAACCGACCCUCCUGCCCACAUACAUCAACCUGCACGGCGGGGGCUUCGCCGUGAACACGGCGCGGUUCGACGACGCCUUCUGCGCCUCCUGGAGCCAGCGCACGGGCAUGCUGGUCCUGAGCCUGGACUACCGCAAGAUCCCGCGGCACCCGUUCCCGACAGCGAUCCACGACGUGGAGGCGCAGAUCCGCGACCUGCUGGCAAACCCCGCCCUCCCCGUCGACCCCACCCGCUUGGUGAUUGGCGGCUUCAGCGCGGGCGCCAGCCUGGCGCUCGGCGUCGCGCAGCUGCCCUCCCUGCGCGGAAAGUUCCGGGCUGCGAUUUGUUAUUACCCCAUCGUGGACUUCAGCCACUCCCCGCCGGAUAAGAUGCACGCCCGGCCGUACGAGGACUACUGGCGCGACCAUCUGGGCGAUGCCGGCUGGUGGAUCGAUUGGGGCUAUGUCUGUGCCGGCCAGGAUCGCAGGGAUCCCCUCCUCAGUCCCUGGUAUGCCCCCGCCGAGGAUCUGCCGGACAUGGUGUAUAUGGUUGCCGCGGAGUUUGAUUUGUUGCGCGUCGAGGCGCAGGAGAUGAUUCAUCGGUUGGCGGGGUUGGAGGGCCGAAAGGAUAAGGAGGAGGGGUUCGAGUACUCGGAAGUCGCACAAACAGACCAGGAUGACCUGGAAUCGCAACCGUCACCCUCCCACCGCCACGGAGACACCGAUCCAACAUCCAAUAUCCCUCUGGUCACCUCGGUGAUUACCACGCCCCAUGAGCACUGCGAGGUCUGCGAGCGGAUCAUCUCCCGACGAGAGCAGAGGCAGAACCAGUUACAAUGUUGUGGGAUGGUUGGGAUUGUCUUUGUGAUGCUGUUUAUCUGUUUGACCAUUCUCGGGGCGGUGUUUGCGAGGGUGAGGGCGCAUGAUGAUUGAGAAGACUGUUGUAUGAGACACCAGUUGGUGUUAUGGAGUUGGUAUGGACGAGUUGGAAAGAUGUUACGAGCCUCUAGUUUUGGUGCUGAUCGAGAAUUGAACACAAUGCGCGGGAAUAGUGAUAGACUGCUUGACCCAUGGCAAAGACGGCAGCUAGUCCAGGUACCUGCGAAUGUUCGCAAGAUUGAAUAUAGCCGACACACCGUACCGUGCCGCCUCGUUCGUCGUCAUCCAGGGCGCCUCCUCACCGUCGGAGAAAUAGGUUGGCGCCGCUGUCGGCGUCACUUUCCACUGGUGGUCUUUGGUAUAUCCGUCCGUCGCGAGGAACUGUUGCCAAGCUGCGCGGGCUAAUUCGGCGUUACUACCGCGUCUUGCCGCGAAUGCAGUCAGUGUAGAGUGACUCUGUCGCCAUGUGGCUGUAGCAGGGAACUCGAAGCCGUACUCCUCGCGCUGAACAUCCGCUCCGCCGUUGU